AUGCGCAACGGCGGCAGAUCAAUGGCAGCGCGUAUCACGCAGCAGAUGUCUGCCAGGAAGGACAGAGGGGGUGGACAGUCACACCGCGCAGUGCAGGCUAAGGUGGAAGUGAAGGAUGAGAAGGGGAUAGAUGAUGGCCAGGGAUGGUCGGAGCUGGAGCUGGGGAAAAUAAGGAAGAAGGAGGAGGACGAGGACGAGGAGGAAGAGGAAGCCCCUUUUAUACCCAUCCCCGGGAGAGCCCAUCCCAAUUCGGAUAGUCGCCCCGGGGUCUCCUCGUCCGCUGCUCCGUUGCUGUCUUACUCUGAGCUGUGGGAUGGGGAUGGGUUAUGA